ACAGAAUAUACGAUGUACACGUUAGUACGAACUGAGGUAUACUAUAGGUCACAAGUCGAGGACAUUAAGGAUUCCGUAACACGGUAGAAGGAACAAGAGUGAAAGAACAAUACAUCUAUAUAAUGAAUGACGCCGAUCUAGACGCCUUGAUUCCUGGGUUGAUCAAAAAGGCGAGAGAUGCUCGAGAGAAGGCAUACUGUCCCUAUAGCAAUUUUAAAGUGGGAGCUGCCCUUUUAUGUGAAGAUGGAAGCAUUUUCACAGGUUGUAAUGUGGAAAACGCUUCAUAUGGAUUGUGCAUGUGUGCAGAGAGAGUCUCUAUUGCUAACGCUGUAUCGGCAGGACAUAGACAAUUCACUGCAUUGAUUUUAGUAUGUGAUGUUCCCUACUUUAUCGGUUCCUGUGGGAUGUGCAGACAAGUCAUGGCAGAGUUCGGCUUUGAUUGGUAUUUGGUCAUGACAACACCCGGUAUCAAUAAUGAUUGGAAGAAAGUGACAAUUAAAGAGUUACUGCCGUAUGGGUUUGGCCCUAUAUCACUAGAUGAUUCUAAGGGACAGAAAGAAAAUAUACAAAGCAACGAGUAAAAUAGAUGGUAGAGAGGUAGAAGAGGAAAUCUGAACAAAGGAACGUGAUCGUGUGGCUACAUUAUUGCGUGACGAAAAUAGUUGUUCCGGGGAUUUCUGUCCCUCUUGGCUUUACUGCUCCUGGUUGAAAAAAUGUAAUAAGAAAAAUAUCUAUCCAACACCGGACGGUGUAGAAUACAUAGGAAUAGCAUGUAUAUUUUCAUUUCUGAAAGUAUAUGAUACAUACUAAUACUAAUUUGAAGCAAGUUGAACGUUGAUCUUGAAAAUCUUGACCUUUCUCAAUUUUUUGAGCUCUUAUAUCUGGUGCAAAACUAUAAAUUCAUUAUUGUGUAUCCUGACUUUCAGCCAAAAAUGUAAAUCUGUGUUCUCGAACUGAAAACUUGAGAUAACAUCGAAUAUCACUGGAGGUCAAAUCUCAAAUCUAAGAUCAUAUUCACUGGUCAGUAUCAAGCGAAGGUUACGGUCGUCACCUUCGCAUUUAAGAUGGC